UUUAGAGCUAUCGAAAUGAUCCAAAGGUUAAUGUCUUACAGUAGAAUGUCCAAUGCAUCCUAAUAAGGUAAGAAAAUCUGAGUGAUUUAUGUAGUACUAUCAAAAUCACUGAAUAAAACAUCUAAAAGCUAUUUCAGUCAGUCCUCUUAAUAAGGUUCUUCAAACACUGAGCUUGUGAAAAUAUUUGCAGCAUUUUUUGGAAUAGUAGGUUUGGGUACUGGUGGAUAUGUUGCCUAUUAAAAUUCUUAAUAAUAACAGAAGUAAGAAGCAAAGGCAAAACAGACCCAUAUAUCAAACUAAACUAUUGACAAUUUGAGAUAAAAAUCAAUUGAAAAUGAAGAGUAAAAAAAGGAGGAAAUCAUUACCAUGUUUUCAGAUGUUAAUGAUAGAAUGCUUAGGUAUAGAGGAGAUCCAACAAGUGAGAAGAUGCUUGUAUAUAUUUCUAACUAUUCAAAUAUAGGCUGAUUAUACCAUUUAUGGGGACUUGAAGUGGUUUGAAGUUGACCCUGAGGAAUGGGAGAAACCAGAAGAAGAAAUGAUUAUGAAGGAUGAGAAUGAAAUUAAUAAGCAUCCUAUUAAAAGAGCAUUGAUAAAUGAAAGAAUCACACAUGCUUUUGAAGCUGAAAGGUACUCAUAUUUAUUUAUUUUUAAAGAAUAUUGCAAAGUGUUUUUGUAAAUGUAAAUGAUGUUCUUUCAGAAAUUGAAAGGACUGGAACAUACACUCCACCUGGCAUCUUCUUUAGGUUUUAUGGUUAUGUGUACUUCCAAAUCAGAAGAAAACCAAUUAAUGUUGAAAAUUUAGUAAAGGCCUAAAAAUAUAUUUCUGUAUUAAUAAAUUAUUAUCAUAGCUUUUUGAUUUAUUCUUCUAAUAUUAAACUCCUGUUUUAUACUAUCACAAUCAAUAUCUUGAAAUACCCUUAAAACCUGCUAUUUUUGAUGUAAAUGAAUAAAGUAUUUAUUUAAGAACAUUGAUUGGUUGCCUAACGCUUACAUUAAUUCCAAACAAUAAGCAAAAAUUUACUUGACAGGUAAACCAAAACACGUUUUUUCUAUGAGAAUUAAAUAAGGAACUGUUGAUGAAUCUACUCAAAGAUUUGCAUGGACCAACCAUUACAAAUGAAAAUUUAGAUACAAUAAAU